AUGUUUCGACUUCAACAAUCAACAAAAACUUCUCCAAAUAUUUGUUCAUCUCUACAAAAAAUACAUUCAACACCAAUGCGUCUUUGGAUUUCAAAUAUUCCAUAUUAUUGGUCAACAAUUGAACUUGAAAAAAUAUUUUCAACAUUUGGUCGAGUCUAUGAUAUUGAAAUACCAUUAAAAAAUGGUCAAUCAAGAGGUUAUGGAUUUGUAACAUUUGAAAAACAAAGUGAUGCUAUUCAAGCAAUUCAAUCAAUGGAUGGACAAAUCAUCAAUGGUCGUAGUAUGCAAGUAUAUCAAGCACAUGUAAAACAAAAAUCUUUAUUGAAAUCUUAUUUUCUUAUUCAAUCAUUUGAUCGUUCAUUAUUUGGUAGAUGUUAUUGUUGUAAAUCAAAUUCAAUAAAUCGAAUUAACUAUGCAGAAGGACAUCAAUAUCAAUGA